CGCCCCCCCCAAGAUGGCGGCCUCCAUGUGCGACGUGUUCUCGUUCUGCGUGGGCGCGGCAGGCCCGGCCCGGGGGCCCGUGGAGGUCCGCUUCGUGAGCAGCGCCAAGGGGAAGGGGCUCUUUGCUACGAGGCCCGUCCAAAAAGGGGAGACCAUCUUUGUGGAGAGGCCUCUUGUGGCCUCCCAGUUCCUCUGGAAUGCACUUUAUCGCUAUCGAGCCUGUGACCACUGUCUCCGGGCCUUGGAGACCGCGGAGGAGAACGCCCAGAGGUUGUCGGGGAGGGCCUGCGGUGCUCUGCCUCACCCUGAGCAGUGCGGCAUUCGGAAGGACCUCCACCAGAUGUGUCCCCACUGUCAGGUGACAUAUUGUAGUGUGGAGUGUCGCCAGGCAGCCUUGGAGCAGUAUCAUCGAGCCCUGUGCCUGGGUCCCUCCCAGAAUGACCCCGAGCAUCCUCUCAACAAGCUUCAGGAGGCCUGGAGGAGCGUCCACUACCCUCCCGAGACUGCCAGCAUCAUGCUGAUGGCCCGGAUGGUGGCGACUGUGAAGCAGGCAAAGGAUAAGGAGCGCUGGAUUAAACUCUUCUCCCAGUUCUGUAAUAAAACGGCCAACGAGGAGGACGAGAUCGUCCACAAACUCCUGGGAGACAAGUUUAAGGGCCAGUUGGAGCUUCUGAGGCGGCUGUUCACCGAGGCUCUGUAUGAAGAACAGCUCAGUCGGUGGUUUACUCCAGAUGGCUUCCGGUCUCUGUUUGCUCUUGUUGGGACAAAUGGUCAAGGAAUUGGGACCAGUUCCCUGAGUCAGUGGGUCCACGGUUGUGAUGCCCUCGACCUGAAGCCCCAGGAGCGUGAGCAGCUGGAUGCGUUCAUUGAUCAGCUGUACAAGGACAUUGAGAGAGUGAGUGGUGAGUUCCUCAACUGUGAAGGAUCCGGGCUCUUCGUGCUCCAGAGCUGCUGCAAUCACAGCUGUGUCCCCAACGCAGAGACCUCCUUCCCAGAAAACAAUUUCCUUCUCCAUGUCACGGCCCUGGAGGACAUCAAGCCUGGAGAGGAAAUCUGCAUCAGCUACCUGGACUGCUGCCAGCGUGAGCGGAGCCGUCACAGCCGCCACAAGAUUCUCAGGGAGAACUACCUGUUUGUCUGUUCCUGCCCCAAAUGCCUGGCUGAGGCUGAGGAUCCCAGUGUGACCUCUGAUGAGGAAGAAGAAGAGGAGGAGGAGGAGGAGGAGGGUGAGCCUGAGGACGCCGAGCUGGAGGAUGAGAUGACUGAUGUUUGAUAUCCCAAGCCUGACCUCCUCAUGCAGGAAAUGGGUCUUUGGAAGCUGCCCCCCAACCUCAUUCCCUGACCUGAGAGGAGCAUCUGACCUCCCGCUCCCUAGUCUGGCUGCCCAAGGAGUAAGGCGUCGUGAACCUUGUGUGGAAAACCAGGGACGUUGGACUUGUGGAGGGGCAGCCCAGGUUGGGGGCCAGGCCCCGCCUCCACCUCCCCACCCCUCUAGAAAGCCCUCCCCGGGAGUAUUCCAUUUGGGGGCCAGGAUUGGCUGCAGCUUUUUGGAGCUCCUGCCUACCCCAGCCUGUUAAUUGAUUUAUUUAUUUUGGGAACAAAAUAUCAAAGCUGAGUUAUUGGGCACUGUCAGUAUGGGGUCCCUGCUGAGGAAGCAUCAGUCGACCUCACCUCUCUUCCAGAGCUUUCCUCCACUUUCUGGCUCUCCCCAGUCUCAGCUGGUUCCUUUUAGUUGGUGCACGGAACCCACUCACCCCUUCAGCGGGGAUGGCUGCAGGCGGAUUCUGCCUGGCAGGGCCUUCUGCCUCCUGGGCUUGCCUCCCUCCCUUUCUGGGGGCUCCUCAGCCUCACAGUCAGGUCUCGACGCUCCUUACCCCAGCCCUCAGAAUCUCAUCUUGUGCCUUUUCUUCCCUGCCUGGGCAGGGGUGGUGGUUGUUGGAGCCCACUGUGCAUGGGGGGGAGACUUGAGUGUUUCCCUGGAAGGGUAGGGACCGGCCCCUGCUGGCAGCCUGGGGCACUCACAGGGGCUGGAGUGUUGCUCUUUGCCUGGGAUCAUUUGCGGAGAGAACUGGGUCUCCUCCUGGGGGGGGGGUGGAGCCCCCAUUUGCCUGCCCCCCACCCUUCCUAUUUGGAGGCCAUUUGUAUUGACAGCCUCUGCUGUGAGCCUCCAAUCAUGGGGGCUUCAGAAGCUGGUUUUCUUGCCAUGCCAACGCCAUUCCUUCUUUCCUCCUCUCCUUCCCACUUUUGGUGCUGUGCAGACUUGUGAACAGUGGGGACCUAGGGAACAGAGCAGAGGCGGGCAGCGGUGGCCAGCCAUGGGCUCUCCAUCCUGCUGACUUGCCUUUCUCCUCCCCCCAGUACAAAGUCUCUGGCCUUCCCCAGGGAUGUGAUCAGUGCCUGCCCCUGCCUUGGGCUUAGAUUGGUCUGGGCCCUCUGCCCCAGCUCUAUCAUCUAGAGGUCGGCGGGCACUCCCAGGUCUCUUAAUCACUCGUGCUGUGUGAAAGGAUGUGCUGUGCUUCCCCUCCCUUCUCUUUGUCUCUUUCACUCCCUCCUUCCCUUUCUCCCCCUCCUUCUUCUCUGUCUCCCUCUCCCUCUCUGUCUCCCACCCUGAGGAGGGGAUGUCACACGUCUUCCAUUUCCCCCCUGUUCUGUCUGGUGCUCGCUCCAUGCUGACCACCAUCCUACCCAGCCUUUCAGUGUUCUCAAUAAACUGUGACUGGUGAACAGGC